AUGGCGUUACUACAGCUAUCAACAAUACAUGAUUUCGAGACGCUCAACGACGAACAAUUGUAUGAUCUCAUAAGCAGACAUCGCCGUCCUAACGGCGACAUCGAGAUACCCUUGGACGGUUUAGAGGCAUCACCCCAGCAAGAAAGAUAUAUCGCUGCCCGGUUGCAUGCCGCCGCGCGAGGAACCUCAGCGCACGCUCUCGAUGUCGAAUUCCUCAUUCGGCGCAUCCAAGAAGCUGCUGACAACCAGGACGCCUUCUUGUCAGCCUCGCCGACAGAAAAGACAACGAAUGAUACAGGAGACAAUACUCGGGGGGAUAAAGACAGUGAAAGUGACAGCAAUACGAGAAUACCUGACCCGGACCAAGAUUUGAUUGAUGAGACAGAGGCCCACGACCGACUUGUCAAAGAUGGCGGCCGACCAUUAUACCCCAUCGACCUGUUGCGCCAAGUGCUACAAAGCCCUUCUGAGUACCGCGACAUGCUCCGGCCGUUUUGGGGCCACCCUAGAGACGGAAAUAGCGACUGCGACGUAUUCCAGAGGCAAUGGCAGCGUUGGGCAGAUUUCCGUCUCUGGCAACUUGUCAACAGAGGUCUCCAAGAAGACGGCAACGGCUACGCGGCGCAUGUGGACGAAACCAGGGCUUUAUACCGUAAACUAGGAUAUGUGGAUGGGCUGGCUAAGCUUGACUCUAAUCCAUCCUGCCUUCGCGAGUCGUGGGCGGCACGAUUGAAAAAGCGCAAAUGGCAGCGCCAGUUCUACCGCCAGCCCGGCCACACUUCUCUCCGCGACUACGAAGCCGCCGCAAAGGUGCGCCUGGCACGUCACGGGUUCCGCCAGCCAUUUUCGCUGCAUGAACAACCCAGACUGCAAAGUGUGUUGACUACGUUGAUCGAGUACCUAUGUUUCGAAUGCUGGUGGUAUGACUGGUAUAAUGCACAAGUCAAGCGUUUGGAGCCUGAAUACGACGCCGCGUGGUCAGAGCUGUGCGCUGCCGCGAUACUGGAACCUGACGAGAAUGCAGAGUCUCUCCGGACACCUGCUUCUUCAAUGCGUCGCCACCGAGAAUUGCACGACGCGCAGACGGCCUUGCUGGCAGCAAAACUCGAGGUAGAGAGGGUGCACAAUACAUUGAACCAAAGCGCCAAGCAGAUUCGGGAAGCCCUUGGGAAACUGAGAGACGCAAAAGCCAGGGUCGACUUCGUCGAACGACGCGACGCUCUCAUCACAAACUUCAUUCGAAAUACUUUUGACUAUAAAAAGGCCAAAAAUAACAGUGCAAAUCAGCUUAUCCUGCUGGACUGGGCAAAAAUACAGGCGUCACCUACAUCGAACAAGAUCGGAGGUCGGAAGAGGAAGAGGCCUAUCGAGGACGAAACACCAGACACGAUGCCGAUUAACAAACGUGGAGCUUCCGACCAAGCACUUUCUCGCUAG